UUCUCUGUGCUUUUUCCAUAACGUCGUAUUAUAAUUGUAUUGAUGAGAAACAGUGCAUUGUGAUGUAAAACACGUUUAAGGCCGAGUGUGGCUGGGAUGUUCAACUCCAGAGUUUAUUUUAGACUGCCAUAACUUGUUAUACGAGCCGGAACUACUUUCGUUAAGGGUGGAGUGAUACAGAUGAUGGUCGGAGGUCUUACUUUAGUUUUUAGUUAAUUUAAGCAGAUGUUAACCUUAGUUUUACUCAUGUGUAUAAAGGUAAACAACGUAAAAGCUAACUUGUUUUGUCUUUAAGCGAUCCUCUGCAGUUUAGGAGUAUUAACCAAGAGAAUUACCGUAGCGACCCCUCCUCGUUUCUCGGAAACAUGUUGAUGUUGUUUGUGACAGUCUUCGGGCUUUCAUGGGGUUUCUCCUCUGGUAACUUGCUUUCAGCAACAGCUUGCUAUGGCAAGAGUGUUGAGCUUCCAUCUUAUCCCUUCACAACUAUUAAAGGUCCAUUGUAUUUUAUCCCAAGCGAUCGUAGCCUCGGAAGGAUGGUGAUGGAUGAAGGAAAGCCCAAGGACCCACGCAUCACAUAUCUCCGUUCCAGGUUUCACCUUACAAAUUUAACUAAAGAAGAUGAUGGGUAUUUUUCCACCAGACAAGAUGGAUUGGGGUUUUCCAGGCUGUUCAGAUUGGAAAUAUCAGAUUGUGCUGAAAAGUUUUACCGGGGUUAUAUGGAUACGCUGGUGUAUAACAUCCCUUCAGUAGCUCAUUUCAUGGAGUUCACUCCACAGCUAGCCAGUCGGCACAAGCCAAUGAUCCUGUGGAAUCGCACGGCCUUUCAGAGCCAUGAUGAAAGAAGAGGAACAGUCAAGAGUAAUACCUGGAAGAUCUCCCAACUCACUCAGGCAGACAACGGCUACUACAUCUUUAGGCAAAAUGACAGCAAGCUGGAGUCAAUAGUACAUCUCACAGUAAAAGAAAAAACCCUUGAUUAUGAACGGAACACAGGGCAAACUCUAUUUAUCCCGUAUCCUACAUCUGGUGGACCAUGGACGGUCGUAUUUAAGUCUGAGAUGACAAAUAUACCUGAGAAAAUGCUUAAAGAUGGCCAACUGGUCUGGACAAAUAACCGGUUCUCUGGGAGAAUUAAAGCUCAGGAUGAUGGUUUGGAAAUAGAUUUUUUGGAAAGCAAAGAUUCUGGCUCCUUUGAAUUCAGAGACCUAAAAGGUAACUUGGCCUUGAUUGUCGAGGUGGAAGUCAACCAAAGUGAAAGCCCCAAUCAUGCAGUAGUUGCAUAUGCCGCUAUGAGUGUCGGGGCUCUCCUAGCAGGGAUUUGCUGUUGCUGCUGUUGUAAAAAAUGUUGCUGUAAAAAAGGUUCUGCGCCUCAGACAGAAGCAGCACCUGCUGUGACUUAUCAUGACAAGACACCCGGGACUGCGACUUCACCUCCUGUGUAUUAUCAUAAUGUAAAUCCACCAACAGGCCCAGUCUGUCCAGCUGCAACAAAUCCUUCAGUUUUCCCUCAUCAGCCACCAUACCAGCCUGUAACCAUCUACCCUACUCAGCCUGGCAUCAGCGUGUACCCACCUCCGUCUGGACUGAACCCACCUCAGCCUGGCAUCAGCGUGUAUCCACCUCAGCCUAGCAUCAGCUUGCACCCACCUCCGUCUGGACUGAACCCACCUCAGCCUGGCAUCGACAUUCACCCCCAUCAGCCUGGUACCAAUGUGAACCCUUUACAACCUGAGGUUUCUCUUCCAACAGAUCAGGGAUCUGCAGCGGUUCCUACGUUCAACUUGGAGUUUCUCUCCUCAGAUCCUGAUACCAGAUUUGAGCUGAAAGGACCAAAUGUUCCCUCUGCUCCUCCUCUCAGUUCUGAAACUCCGUCUAGUUAUGUUUACAAUUCAGAUAAACUCAACUUUCUUUAAAAGUCUUAGUGCAAAAUCGCCAAUCUUCAGGUGAAGUUAUCUGAAUUUAGCACUAAAAAUCAGGAAAAUUGUGUUUGGCUUAUUAUUCCCUUGUUGUAUUAUGUCACUGAGUAAUAAUUCCUAUAUUGUUGGAAAGCUCACUUACUGUGUCUGAAAUGGUCAGUCCCUUGUGAAGGAAAUGGAUUUGUGGGUUUAGCAGCAGAGUUGAGUAUUUAGGUUGUACCCCUGAAAAACUUGCUAAAUCCUUUCUGCCAAUCAGCUUAUUCUGUUGUUAAUGUUGUUAAAUGGUGUCAUUUCUUUUGAGUUUUAUUGUGAAAUGUUAAAUCACAACAUUGGGAAAUUGCUGUGGUACUUGGUGCAAAAAGAAAGAUAAAAAUAAGGUACAAGCAAAUGUAGGACGUAAGAAUCAUGAUAAUAUAAAGUGACACUGAUUAGAGACAUUGCUACUAUUUACAAAACAUUUAUUGGAUUAGACGACUGAAGCCUAUAAAACAAGAAAUGAUGGCAAUGAGUCCAGAUUCUGUCAACACCAGUUGGAUGUGAGGAUUGAAUGUUGGUAUAGGGCACCAGUUUUAGCCUCCGUGAAGAUAGUUUAUGAGAUCCUACAACCAGCAGCAAACCCACACUCCCAACAUGAUCCAACCCUGUCCUGCAACAUGCUCACCCCAACGGAGCAAGCUUCAUCCACUCAUACUCUACUCUGCUGCGCAAUGCAAACAUUCCUUUUCUGUACAACUGUGGCACCAUCUCAAAGGACGUGAACAGGCGUUCCAGGACUGUAACAUUUGUUAAGAAUUAAUACAACAAAGUAAUAAUGGACCAAAUACUAAUCUCUUCACUAUAUUUCUGUGCAGAACUUGUCUAGUAUUGUGUUUGUAGACUGGAUGUAACUACGGGUAUCAGUGUAAAAGUUACUGAAUAUACUCAUUAUAGAAACCAAAGAUAUCAAUUGUACUGUGUUGAAAAUGUUAGUUAUACUAAAAGUUAUUUUAUUUAUAUCCUUGAAAGGCUUGCAUGCAUUUUUACAAGAGUUACCAACAAUAGUUUUUAAGUUCAUUGUAUAUAUCAUUAGUUUUAGGAUCCAUGGUGUACUAGCAGAUUCAGUGCCAUCCAUUCUAAGCUGGAAAAGUACCAUUUUAGCCUGCAAGUAAUCCCAGUUUAUAGAGUACUGGGUAAAUCACUUCUGAUUAUCAGUUUAAACCAAAGCUUGACAGUUGAGUGUAAAUAUCUGAGUGAGUUAACCACUUUUUGUUGAAUUUUUAAUGGGGAGACCCUUUAGAGUCUGCAGUUUUAUUUUCUAUACUGGUCUCUACACCUGAGACCCAUAACACAGUGAAUGAUUGGUGAAACACUGAUGAAGCAUAUCAUGGAUGCAGCUGUUGUUGUCUUUUGGUAGAGUCGUUCUUCUUUACUAAAGCUUCUUUACAUAUUUACUGACUAUAAUAAGCUAUGUGACAUAAAUACAGACAUAAGUACAGGAACUAAACUGGACUCAAAGCCUCAUUUUCUCAUAUUUAAACUGUCCAAUUAGAGUCCAGUCAUGUGAUUAAUAUUAUGCAGAACUUCAUAUUGCUUUUAUAUUUUAUUGUAAAACACCCAGCAUUUUUUUAUUAUGUGAUGGGUAUGAAAUAAAAGUUUAUUUACUUGUUCCUAACACAA